GCAAUGCAACCCAGUGAGGUUAGUGAGCUCCAUUAUCUAUUUCCUUCAAACCCAACACUUCUCCCAUCUCAUUUUCCCUUCACAGGGAUGAAUACACCAGUAUAUGACUUUAACAGAUUAUCUAACCCUCAUCAACUUCAAAUCACACCCCAUGUUCAAGCAUUCAAUCCCCAGACAACAUGCCUCAGCAGCAACUCCACUUCUGAUGAAGCAGAUGAGCAACAAUUAAGCAUAAUAAACGAGAGAAAGCAAAGAAGAAUGAUUUCAAACAGAGAAUCUGCACGACGAUCACGCAUGCGCAAACAAAAGCACUUGGAUGAGCUUUGGUCUCAGGUCAUCUGGCUCCGAAAUGAGAAUCACCAACUCAUAGACAAGCUGAACCAUGUAUCAGAGCGUCAUGAUAAAGUUCUUCAGGAAAAUGCUCAACUGAAAGAAGAAGCAUCAGAGCUUCGUCAAAUGUUUUCUCACAUGCAGCUCAACAGUCCUUAUCCUAGCCUGAGGUUGGAUGAGGAGCCAUGUGAUGAGUUGGUUUAAGAAGAAAAAUACUCAAUCUAGUCUCACCCGUUCCUGAUUCUUGCUGAUAACAAAACCUUAAAUUUUUGUCUUCUCUUUAGUACGCACUCUCUUUAUCUCAGUUGAUGAGAAACGGUCUCCAGCCAUGCUGUAUGAUGAGAUAAGAUUAUUGUUGAAAUAAAAAUUUCUUACUACAUACAAGGAUUGCAUCAAGGAGCUCAAAGUGUGUAAUUCAACUUAUAUCCUAACAUUUCUCAUACAGCAGCAAGGGAAUGCUUGUCUAUGCAUGUAGGCACAGGGACAGACUCAUCAUGCACAAGA